AUGACAACUGCGGUUCCCUUGAUAUACUCAUUCCCAGAGUUCAGCGGAGUCGCUGAGGCUGUAGCAGAUCACGUUGUUGCUGCUCAGAACUACGCAUUAUUUGGAGACAACAACCGUAAGAAGUCGAUUUCGGAAGCUGGUAGCUCAAAGAAUCUGUCUGCGAACUCGAAUGGAUCGCAAUCGUUGAGAAAUAUUGCUGAACAAAGUGCAUCGUCAAUAAAUUUAAGCGGGAACGCAACGCCAACCUCGUCCAAAGAACAACGCAAAAAGAAGAAGGAGGAAAACAGAAGGUUCAGAAUAGGACUCAGUGGAGGAUCUUUGAUUGGUGUGUUACGCGAAGGGUUACUCAGUCGGACCGAUGUUGAGUGGAGUAAAUGGGACGUUUAUUUUGCAGAUGAGAGACUUGUUCCUUUUGACUCACCAGAGUCCAAUUACGGCAAGGCCAAGUCCCAGAUAUUUGAUCAGAUACCAAAAGACCGUGGAUAUCCAAGGAUUUUCCCCAUUGACGAGACUCUAUUAAGCGACCCACAAGAAUGCGCAGACAUGUACGAAAAGACCCUGAUUAAAGGUUUUGCGUACAAAGACUCUGUGAAACUUCCGAUGUUCGAUCUAAUUUUGCUUGGAUGCGCUCCAGACGGCCAUGUUGCUUCUUUAUUCCCUAAUCACGAAACAUUAAGAGAGAAUUACGCCUGGUGUGCUCCUGUCGAAGACGCACCUUCCGGCCCUCCCUCCAGAAUCACAUUGACCGUUCCCGUGAUCUGCCACUCGAACAGAGUUUCCUUCGUUGUGGAAGGUGCAACAAAGGCCCCGGUUAUCAGCACCAUCAUGGAAAGACCAGACAAAGGUCUUCCUGCCAGUAUUAUCAACGAGAAGGCCGCUGGACGCAUCGCAUGGUUUGUGGACGACGAUGCUGUGAGCGAUGUUGUGAGUGUCACCAAGAAACGGUACAAGUUUUUGGUCCAAAGCGACUAA